CGAGGCCGGGGAUCCGAGCUUGCCGCCCGUCGCCGCCAUGCCGGACAGCUGGGAUAAGGACGUGUACCCCGAGCCCCCGCGCCGCACGCCAGCGCCAUCGCCGCAGACCUCGCUGCCCAACCCCAUCACCUACCUGACCAAGGCCUUCGACUUCCUCGUGGACCGGCCCGUGACCCUCGUGAGAGACUUCAUCGAGCGGCAGCACGCCAAGAACAGAUACUACUAUUACCACCGGCAGUUCCGCCGCGUGCCCGACAUCACUGAGUGCGAGGAGAAGGACGUCCUGUGCAUGUUCGAGGCAGAAAUGCAGUGGCGGAGGGACUACAAAGUUGACCAGGAGAUCGUUAACAUCAUCCAGGAGAGGAUGCAGGCCUGCCAGCAGCGGGAAGGCGAGAGCUACAAGCAGAACUGUGCCAACGAGCUGGAGCAGUUUGCCCAGGUGUCCAAGGCCUACCAGGACCGCUAUCACGACCUGGGGGCCCACUUUUCUGCCAGGAAGUGCCUGGCCAAACAGAAGCAGAGGAUGCUGGCUGAGAGAAAAGCUGCAAAGGAGCCAGCUGCUGCCUGAGCCCCUUCCUGUCACAGUUUUACUUCUGAAAUAAAGUGACGAACUUGUCCAGGUUUCCCGUGUUGCCUCCAACUCAAUCCCAAACCCAGUGCCAUCAAGUCCCUUCUGACUCACAGAGAGCCUGUGUUAAGAGUUUAACUGCUUUGCAAGGUUUUCUCCGCUGCGAUCUUUAUGGGAGAUCACCAGGCCUGCCUUCCAGCACCACUGGAUGGGUGUGAUCGCCAGCCUUUGCUAACUGAAGGCAGACCGGUUUACACCGCCCAGGACAACCGCCUGAUUUGGCCGGUCCCACCCCCACAGA